AACUAUCCUUGCCAUAACAUGCCAAAAAAACUACACACAACAAAAUUAUUGGCUGUUGUCGCUCUCAAUCUCAACUACCAUCCAAAUUUCAUCAGCAUCAAUAAAAAAAUAGUGUCAAUGGUCUCAAAAAUGAAAAUAAAUAGCAUAUACCGACCACAUUUAUCAUUUAAGCAAAGCUCUCAUAUCUCAAUGUCCACACUCCACACCUCCUUAUCUAUCUUAUAAAUCAUAAUGCCAACCUCAAACCUCAGCAUAUCCUACCACUUUGGCACAACCCCAUCAUCUAUGGACUGGUUCUCGUGGCUAUCCAAAACCACUCUCGAGCCUUCCUUAAUCUACGACUAUGGCCUCACCUUUGCCCGCAACGAGCUUCAAGUGGAAGAUGCAUGCUUUUUCAACCACGAGUUUCUUCAGAGCAUGGGAAUCUCAAUUGCCAAGCACAGGCUAGAGAUUCUGAAGCUCGUGAAGAAGGAAGAAGGAGCAGCAUCACGUCCCAAUAAGAAGCUCUCUGGGGUCAUCAAGAAGUGCCUAAGAAAGUGCAUGAACAGGUUUGUUUCUCGUGAAGAUCAUAAGAUGCCCUCCAUGCCUGUGACAUCAGUGCCACCACCACCUGAGAUUAAUUGGUAUGAAGGGAAAGUGAAAGGGUCACAUGUGAGGAAGCAACAAGGGAGUGAGGAUAUUCUCAAGGAAGAUAAGCCUCUACCUGUGCCUCCCAUGUACAGAAGCAGAACCAUAGCACUUUCAGGACCUUUGGAUGGUGGUAGAAUGCAUAUGCAUGAGAAAAUGGUCAACAACAGGGCCUUGAAGCUAUCUGGGCCUCUUGAUGGAAGGAUGCAUGAGAGAAUGAUGAGCAUUAAUAGAAGCCCUUUGAUGUCUAGGCCCAUCGAUGCAAGAUUCGUAGCCACUACUAAGAGUCCAAGAAUCUCAGCCUCUCUGUAUGUAAAUAGAAGCCCAAGACUACCCACAAGGGCUGAAACUGAGAGCCCAAUGGGUUGCAGUCCUUAUAACAAGCCCAGAGGUGAUUUGGAUUUUGAUGAUGAUCACGCACUCUGGCCAUCACUGUUUCAAGAUCUCAAACCAACUUGAUUUUGAUUGUGUUUGCUUUUUUGGCGUCCGAUGGUGAGUGACGCUUACACUUUUUUUUUUUUUUUUUUUUUUUUUUUUUUUUUUUUUUU